CUCGUCCAAUCACGCGCGUGGGGCCUGUAGCGCUCAAGUCCCACCGCGGCGCGCGGUUCGUGUUGCGUUAUCCGCCUCGCUCUCUGUCGCCUUCAGCAAACUCUCUACGCGUUAUUAGACUUUAAACUCUCAUUUUAUUUUUAAUAAAAAAAACAUUUUGACUUCGUAAAGUUAACGCUUACGACAAGGCUUGGUUUAGCGGACGCUGUCGGUCGACGUUGUUAGUUGCUUUAAGCCCAGCGAGCUGACGCUGCCGUCCGAUUACCUCAGCGCACAAAUAUUUAACCGAAUGUUACUUUGAAAAAAAUAAUACUUUUUAACCUCCGCCAAGUGUUUAAUCGCGCUUAUAUUAACACACUGCAAGAUCUGCAUAACCCGUCGGAAUGGGUGAGAAAAACGGCGAGGGAAGAAGGAGCGGCGAUAGUUCGCCGACGACGGCGGGAGUCGAGAGCGACUCGGACGGCGACUUAGACCGCAACCCCUCGCCACCGCCGGGCAACCAUGGACCGGCCACCGACACCAUCGGUGACACGACAUACAGCAAGCACUGGCUCUUCGCCACGCUCACCAAGCUCAUACAGGCCGUUACCACGGAGGAACCACGGUUGGGACGAGAGGCCAGGGAGGCUCCCCCGGAGUCGGACCACGUCGACGAAGAUCUGGAGGACGAUGUCUGCAGGCUCUGGGACAUGUCCACCGACAAGGACGUGGCUGACUUCCUGCUGGAGUUCCACUCGCCUGAGCUGCUGCUUGGCGUCAUCAGGGCAUCGUCUUCUCCACGAAUCACCGAAAUGUGCGUGGGGAUCUUGGGGAACAUGGCUUGCUUCCCGGAGCCUUGCAACGCUCUGUCGCAGAACGGUGACCUAAUGAAGGUGCUGUUGCUGCUCCUGGGAGACCCCGACCCUCCCACUCUCCUGGAGACCUCAAGGUUGCUGCUCACUUGCCUGUCGCGGCCAGAGUCGUCGCGGCUGUGGCUGGAGGGAAUCAAGAACACCCCCUCUGUGUGCCCGAACGUAUGCUUCAUCCUCAGCAGCUCGACGAACGACGAUCUUCUGCUCAAGCUGGGUGAGGUGGUGGACCGUCUCUUCGACUUGGAUGAGGACCUCCUCCUCGCCUGGCUGUCGUCGGGGAGGUCGCCAGCGUCGCUUGACCCCUCCGGCGGGGCCCAGCCAGCGCAGCCCGGCGACGGUGAAACAACAGCGGACGCGGACGACGAGACGCGUGUCUCCCUCGUGCCGGCGCUCCUGGAGGCCACAUCACAAGUCCGGCAACAGCGAGGGCCUGCGCUGGAGGUGUUUGCGCACAUCUGGCAACAGAUCAGCACCGUCGAGGAGGGCGUCCUAGCCAUGACAUCGCGCGCGGGCGAGGAGGUGCGGCGCCUCCUGCGUGCCGUGCUGUGCCGCGACCUCUGCCAGCCCGACGACCCGGCCGUCGUGCUGCUGGAGCAGACAACGGCGCUCGCGUCCGUGGCGGCGACGCUCUCCGCUCUGCUGCCGCCGUCGAGGCCGGUAGUCGAACCGGGCUGCCCGAGCUCCGAGGACGACCUGGAACUCCUGGGCAGCACCCUGAGAAUCGUGGGCUACCUCCAGGAGUGUACCAAGCGGCCGUGCGACGAGGCGGAGGACGGCUCGGGUUGUACCAAGUCUGGCCACUCGGAGGACACAGGGGCUGAGCUGCAGCUACUCGAGGAGAUACUGGCGCAGCUCCUCGCCAUAGUGUUGUCGAACGUAACCCAGAGUGACUUGGAGGAAGCGUUCCGCCAGAAGGUGCUCAUUCCGGAUCGUCUCCCGGCCGCCGUGCGGAUCCUCGUGCCCUCCUACCCGUCUGUGGCAAGUGCAGCACUUGGUGGACCUUCUUGAAAAGCAACAUCUGCCCGUGGCUGAGACUUUGAGGGCCCUGUUACAGGACCCCGCAGAGUAGCCCUGCCUCAAGCCAGCAAGGCAUCAGCCCGGCUAGGCUUGGGCCCGGCGAGGCUUCGGCCCGGCGGGUCUUCGGCCCGGCGGGUCUUCGGCCCGGCGCUGCGGUGUUAUCUGGUGGAGAGAUGCUGCAGCCACGGAUGCGCGGGAUGCGACUUGAGCCUCGUUCGGGGGGGGGUUUCCAAACCCGCGUCCAUCAGCGCGCUUAAAUCAAGUUGGGCCGCGUGCCCCCCUCUAUCCCGUCGGCUCCGCGGCGUCUCCACCAGGCCACGCUGCCGAGUGGUCAGUGACUCUUUCAACGACUCAACUUAACACGUAGUAGGGCUUUCGCGACCAAUGUCAUCCAUAAUAUAGGUUUUUUUUGGGUUAGAUCGCGUAAACGUAUAAAUGUGUCGUUAAAGCCACCGCCACCCGAAACAGCCGAU